AUGAUCACAGACGUGCAGUUAGCCAUCUUUGCCAACAUGCUUGGCGUCUCUCUCUUCCUCCUGGUGGUUUUAUAUCACUAUGUUGCUGUAAACAACCCCAAGAAACUGGAAUAGAGCCCGGGUAUCCUGGUCACUCAUCGUGUACAUUAUGUGGCUGCCGGUCUCUGAGCCAGUGCUGGAGAAGAUUUGUUGCUAUCGGAUGGCUGCACUUUCAUGCCAGUUUGUUGAUUACAAGAUGUUUGUUUCUUUUGUAAAAUAAAUGGAUUCUCUGACCAA